AUGAAAUCCAUAAUUUCAUUAGUGUUUCUUCUUCAAUCAAUCAUCAACGAUGUAAAUCUCACCACAACUCGAUUCCCCGAAGAGCCUGUCUUCGGAUGCAGAAACAAAGGCAACUACACACCAAGUUCUGAUUAUAGCAAAAACCUCAAAGCCGCAUUCAAUGUUGUGGGCACAGCGAAAAAGUAUAGUGGCGGAUCCUUUAGUUCAUUUCAAGGCGUGAAGGAAGCAGCCUAUGCUAUCGCCCUUUGCUCCGGUGUUGCAAUCAAAUGGGGUGGAAACUGUAAUGAUUGUAUAACAAAGUUGACUACUUCACUUCAAGCCAAAUGCCCAUAUCAAAAGGAAGGUGUGAUGUGGGGUUCAGAUUGUAUGAUAUGUUACUCAGAUUGUAAAAUAAUUGGAGUCAAAGAUGAUUGGGUUUGGAUUCUUUCACCAGGUGUAGGAACUAUUUUUAAUAAGGUUUUUUUGACAAAGGUCUGUAUGAUUUGA